CGAUAUUUACACGGUACUGAAUGACAAUAGUAGUAAAUAAGAUUUCAUACUAGUUUACUUUUCUCGCAAUCCUAUAAUAUUAAUUAAUAUUAAGGAAACGAUGACAACAAACCGUUCAAUCGGUAUCUUCGAGAAUGAGAUCAUUGAUACACGGUGAAGUAAUACAUGAAAAUGAUAAGCCUCUUUGGUUCGACGUUUAUCAAGCGUUUCCACCUAAGUACGAGCCACGUUAUGAUAAUGUAAUCACAGAUAUUCCAAUCAGAAGAAUUCUAUACAAGGAGGACACAAUUCGGAGUCGUUUUCAUAAGGAUAAUAAAUUUUUAACUUAUAAUCUGUUAGACAAAAAGUGUCAGUCAAAAAGCCAAAAAUUUAUUAAAACCUGUCAACAACUACAAAAGGAUGGAAUGCCAGAAGAAGAAAUUUAUAAAAAAGCCCUUAAAGAUACUACAAAAGUGAAGGCAGAAAGGCAUGAAGGCAAACCGAAUUUAGAUGAAAAAAGUUCUGAUGUGGACAACGUCAAUCUUGUCUUGAAUACUAUAUUUAAUAAAAGGUAGAAUAAAAAUUU